CAUUUGAAAAAGUAGAAGCAUUAGCCAAGAUUCAUCGGUAUUAUACAACCCAUGCCAAAGAAGAGAUUUCUUAUAUUGAUCGUGAGCUUACUUUAGAGGAUGUGUUAACCGUAGCAAAUGGAGUUGAGGAAUUGGAUGAUAAUGAUUCAAAUGAAGGCUCUGCUGAUGAUGAAACAGAAUUAGAAUCAUUAGAUGAGACUUUGAAUUUGGAAAAAGAUUUUGAUUUAAAUCAUGAAGUUUUUGGAGAAGAAGAUCAAAAUUAUAAUAUAAAAUCGAAUUCUGAAAAUGUAGCUGAAGAACAACCAAAUUAUGAUUACAAUAUAGAUA